UACAAAUUUGUUUUUAAAGAAAUUUCAUCAAAAGUUAAAUAUAAGAUAUGUCAAGUGUCAGAGUGAAAAGUAAUCGCGAAAAUCUAAAUGGAUAUUGGUUAAAAAUUUAUAUGUACAGUAUUUUUUAUUUACUGUAUUAGUAGUGGAUUUCAGUGUGUAGAAAGUAGCAAUUUCGUGAAAAGGGACUUUUAUGUUUUAUCUAUUUCACUUUAUUAUCGCUAACAUUGUAGUAAACUACAAUCGAGUUCUAGAAUUAUUAGAAGUAAAAACAAAACAUAUUACUUUAAAAAUCGAGAAUACAUCACAAUGGCUCAGAGUUCUCAUGGAGGAAGUCACAGACGAAGUAGGGAUCAUGAAAGUUCCAUGAGAUAUACAAAUACUGACUGGGAAGCCAAGGAAGCACUGUAUCAGCGAGAAUUAGAUGAAGCUCGAGCAAGAGCAACACAAAUGGAGAAAACAAUGCGCUGGUGGUCUGAUUGCACAGCCAACUGGAGAGAGAAAUGGAGUAAAGUACGUAAUGAGCGAAACAAAGCUAGAGAGGAAACAAAACAAUUAAAAACAAAAGUAGACAUACUUACAAAGGAAUUAAAUUUAAUAAAAACAGACAAAAGUGAUUUAGAACAGCAAAUACAUGUCUUGAAGUUGGACAAUGAAAAAUUACUUAGUCUUGGGGAACGGAGGAUUGUUUCAUGUGACUUAUCAACAGAAGAUGGUGUUGAGUUAAGAAAAAAACCUGGUAUUGUAAGUCCAAAUGAAUCAGCCAAACAAAGGGCUUCUCUAGAUUCUCAUAAAUUCUCAAAUGUUGAUAAUGUCCUUGCAAACAAAUUAGGUGAAAUGAGAAUACGUUUGGAUGAAACCUUCAAGAAUCUACAAACUGAAAAAGAUCAAAAAUCUUUUUUACUAUCAAAGAUUGAAACCUUGACAGCUGAGUUACAUAGUGCCAAAAUUGAGUUAGCGCAUAGUGAUAGAACUUUAGGUUCAACUGAUUCUAGUCAUAGUGAAAUUGAGAGGCUACAAAACGAACUACAGGAUGAAGUAGCUGCAAAACAGGUUCUAGAGGAGAAAAUUGCUGAACUUAAAAUGGAGCUAGAAAGGCUAAAAUCAGAAAAUACUAUACAGUGGAGUAAACGUGAACUAUUAGAAACUGAAAACAUAGCUAUACUAAGAGAAAAUAAAAAAUUAUAUAGCCAAAUUUGUGAAUUGAGAGAACAAAUACACAAACUCAAUAGAAUAUCAGAUGGGAGUAUUUAUGGUAUACCAUAUAAUGAUCACAAUAAGUUAGAUUCAAAUGUGUUAUACAUCAGGAAAAGCAGUGUUAGCCCAAGAUCCCAUGAAUCGAGUAAUGCCUCCUCCGAGGCCAUUGCUGAUGCGAAAACGAACACGUCAGGAGAGGAUGACGAAUUAGCGAUAAUUGAACGAAAUUAAGAACACUAAUAAUAUUGUAGCUAUCUUUUACCUAUUUUGCCCUUAAAACUUCUCUUGCUUGACUUAAAUGAAGUUUUAUCUGUCAGUGUGUGUUAUGUAAUUUUUGUAUUUCUUUUUCAUAAUUUUGAAGUAGGUAAGUAUUUAUUAUAAAUUCUGAUAAUUUUGUAACUAUGUGAUUUUAUUGAGAUGAAAAGAUAUAAUCUGCAUUUAGUUGAUUUUUUACAGUACAUAAUUACAUUCCUAAUACCAUCUCAACAGAUGUUUGCUGUUACCUUCAUAGAAAGAUUAUAGCCAUUACCGUUGACUGUAACUGGCAAUCUCUUAUCUAUAUUAAAAAUCUGACAGCUCUAAAUUUGUUGUGUAAGAUGGCCACUUAAUUUCGCAUCUCCUGUUUUUUUUUCAAAUCUUUUUUUUUAAGUUCUUUGGAAGUUAUUGAGUAGGAAUAAAAAAAUAUGUAUUUGAACAAAUUGAGUGGUGUUAGUGUUGAGCCAAUUAUAUCAAAUUGCAAGCUAUUUUAAAUAAUAUCGAGUAUUGUAAUCUUUGGGCGUGUAGAAAAUUAAAAUAAUAAUACUCAAUCAAAUAUAAUAAUAAUUAUUAAAGACUUAGUAUGUUUAGUACUUAUGCAAAUGACGGGCGAGGUGUUCGGCGAUUCGUUCGUGUGUUGCAUCUGUGCACAUUUACGGUAUAUGACAAAUGUUAAUAAUUGUGAUAGUCUAGUUUUAUAGCUAUUUUCUUGUAGACGGACUAGUUGUGUGGUCUAAUCUUAUUGUAUUAUAAUAAGCAAUACUUUACAUUUCUGUGUAAAAUGCAUUGUAACGCGAAGCAAUAGAUACGUAUUUUUAUUUCACUCGAAUUCAAUACUUAUGUUAUAUAUUCUCCUUGAAUAUGAUGGAAUGGUUUGAAUAAUUCGAUCGUCGCAACGAAAGUAAAAUACGCAUUUUAAGUUAAGUGUAGACGCAAGCAUCGGCAUUUAAAAUGUUAAAUAAAGACACUCCAACUUCUGAAUUAAAAUCCUGGAAAUAUUAUGAUCAGUAAAUAAUAGACUAAACAAUUUAAACUUUUCGUAUAAAUGGCUUUAUAUAAAACUGCGUACGUUCUCUUAAGAAAAUUUGUUUAUAUUAAGUUGUAAUUGCCUCAUUUCGACGAA